CCAAGCAAGAAUGCUGUCAUCUACUCCUUGGUAGACGGCGAACCCUACGUCGGAAUUCCCCCCACCAAGCCUGUCACUGUGCCAGUUCUUCUUCUGGCGAGGGAGUCUGUCAAGGAACCCCCGACAUCCAAUAUGGAGAAAGUUGGGGAGUGUACCUAUGUGAUCAGCGCAAAUGGAUACAAGACACAGGACCAGAAUGGCCUUCUCGUUGGUUCCAUUGAGGAAGAAGCUCAGAGAUGGCGCAUUGAGUACGCCGAACGCCAUGACGCCUACAUCGUUGCGAAAGAGAACGACCGCGGCGUCGGAUGGGUCGCUCCGACUGACGAAGAAAACCAGGUUCAGGUUAGGCUGCUCAUUAUGGGACCAUCUGACCCACCUUACUACCCGUCGAACCAACUGUUCAGGUUCAAGUAUCCUCGUGAGUGAUCAGGAGGUGAAGUAGAUUGUGUAUGUAUCAUUACGUUGAAGGCCAAAGUGCCCAAGUCUGUUACGUUGUGUGAAGUGUGCUAGUGUACAACAAGAAAAUCCAAGUGCAUGCG